ACGACCAGAGGAGGCGGACCUUCUCCAACCCCCACAGUUUGAGCUGCAAUGUGCUUCAUAAUGCCGACCAUUUCUCCACAAUCAUUGCUCGCUGCUACUGAGGGGGGCGAACAUCAAAUUGUGCGUAAAACUCCCAAAUACAUUUAAAUAAAGGCACCAAGAAAGACUGUCUCCUCUUCAUCAGCGCGCCUGGGGAAUUAAUCCUGACCGUUUCACCGCCAGAACCAUUUUGACACGACGUUUUGCUGCAACAACCAGUCCGAAGAGUGUCCGCUUCAGCUUUCACGAUGGAGCAAGCUCAGUCAGAAAUGAACAUCUUAUCCAACGGGAAAAGCCACAACAUUGGAGAUGACGUAGACGUGCCGAUGAAGAUGACGUUUCAAGAUGAUCAAAAUGGGACUCAAACAAUCAGAUUUGAUGACCCAGAUGGAGGACUGGAGAAUGAAGAAUUUCUGCCCAGUGCAGAUGGAAAGAAACCAGUUCGAUUCACAGAUUUCGAAGGUAAAACCUCCUUUGGUAUGUCCGUCUUUAAUCUGGGUAAUGCCAUUAUGGGAAGUGGAAUCCUCGGACUGGCUUACGCCAUGGCCAACACCGGCAUACUCCUCUUCUUGUUUCUUUUGACCGCAGUGGCUGCAUUAUCAUCUUACUCCAUUCAUCUGAUGCUCAAAUCCUCUGGCAUUGUGGGAAUUCGGGCUUAUGAACAACUGGGCUUCAGGGCCUUUGGCACACCCGGAAAAAUGGCCGCUGGCAUUGCAAUCACUCUGCAGAACAUUGGAGCAAUGUCCAGCUACCUGUACAUUGUGAAAUCAGAGCUACCUCUAGUCAUCCAAGCUUUCUUGAAGGCUGACCCUAACGCAGAUCUUUGGUACUUGAAUGGCAACUACCUGGUAAUCAUGGUAUCUGCUAGUGUCAUCCUGCCCCUGGCCCUGAUGAAACAGCUAGGUUACCUCGGCUAUACCAGCGGAUUUUCGCUCAGCUGCAUGGUGUUCUUCCUUACUGCGGUCAUCUACAAGAAGUUCCAAAUUCCGUGCCCCUUUGUGGAGUUCAACUCACUCAAUGACACUGCAACUGACCACAACCUGAACAUGUCAAACCACGUGGGCGAUCACAUCCUGGCUCACAAAGAGGACGAUGCCAUGUGCACGCCCAGUUUGUUCACCAUCAACUCACAGACGGCCUACACCAUCCCCAUCUUGGCUUUCGCCUUCGUUUGCCACCCGGAGGUCCUCCCAAUUUACACUGAGCUCCGCAACCCCACUAAAAAGAAGAUGCAGAAGGUGUCCAAUAUUUCCAUCUUUGUCAUGUACACUAUGUACUUUCUAGCAGCUCUCUUUGGCUACCUGACCUUCUACGGCAACGUGGAACCAGAACUGCUGCACACUUACAGCCGUAUUGAUCCAUACGACACUUUGAUCCUAUGUGUGCGAGUGGCUGUCCUCACCGCCGUCACACUCACAGUCCCCAUUGUGUUAUUCCCCGUGCGCAGAGCUAUCCAGCAGAUGUUGUUCCCCACCAAGGCCUUCAGCUGGUUGCGUCACAUCGCUAUCGCUCUGAUUCUGCUGACGUUUAUCAACAUGCUGGUCAUUUUUGCUCCCAACAUUCUGGGCAUCUUCGGAAUUAUCGGUGCCACAUCUGCUCCCUGUCUCAUUUUCAUCUUUCCUGCCGUCUUCUACAUCCGCAUUGUUCCCAAAGAAAGCGAACCGAUGAACUCUCUUCCCAAGAUCUUGGCUGCCUGCUUUGCGGCUUUGGGUUUCUCCUUCAUGAUAAUGAGUCUUAGUUUCAUAAUAAUCGACUGGACGUCAGGGAACAGCAAUUCCGGUGGUGGCCACUAGAACCUGCGUGAGUGUGUUGAAGAGCAACUAAAAUUAAAAGCUUUCACAUAAAAGUGUGAAGCAGAAUAGCACACUUCUAUUGAUCGAGAGAAAUGAAAUUUUACUACAAUGUUGUAUACAUACACUCACUAGCUACCUGAUUAGGGACACCUAAUCAAGCUCAGGCAUCAAUAAUUUUAUCAUGUAAUGUGUUUCGCAGUGGUGGUAACUGUACUGCAUUACUUUGAAAGCUUUACAUGUUCUCACAGGGUAACCAAGCAGUAUCGAAUAUCCACUGCGGUGCAGUGCAGUUGACUACACACCCAAUUAAAUGAUCAACUAUUCAGGUUUUUAUUAUAUUUAUAAUUGUGAAGGUACUGAUACAGAUCUAAUUUGAUUGUGGUGUGGCCUGUGAGUGUACAAGAGCAUAAUCGUCUUUAAUUUGAACAAAAAUUAACAAAUACAAUGAUAAGCUUUGAGCUGAUCUAGCCAAGUUAGCCACAAACAACAUUAGAUGCAAACAAAACAGUUUGCAAUGCAUACAUUUACAAUGGGUCUAAAAAAAUGUCUCAAAAGUUUUUUCACCUGCGCAGGUAGAGGAAAGACAUUCAAAUCGAAGUGUGUAUUUAUAAACUGCUGUGUAUUUUUUUUUUCUAUUAUUCCAAAAAACUGUGUUUAACUAUUACUGAACUUAAUUGCUGUGAUACAUUGUUUAUAAUUUGGUUUUGAUUAAUCAAGUGUGGCAUAGAUUGUCAAAAUGAUCGUAAUUAUGAAAAAAAAAAACUAUAUUUCAUAAAUUUGCACCUCUCUUCGUACUAUUAUGAUUAAACACAAUUAGCUGUCACAUUAUAUUUUUAUGGACGGAAUCAUACAUAUUUUUGUUAUGUUUAGAGUUGACGUUGAACCUCAAACUUUGUAUAGCUAUUUUAAAAUUCGGAAUGACACAAGAAAGACUCGUAAAACACUGUUAAACUAAUGAUUGCCUUUACAUUUUACAUUAAGAAAAAUAUCAAAUUAUACUGUUUCUCAAUUCAGGCUUACCCAACCACAUUUCCAAUUCAGUCAUACAGUACAUGUUCUGCUUGUCCUCGUUUGUGUCAUCGGUUAAAAAUUUUACUCAAGUAAGAGUAGUGUCACUUCAAAAUAAUAUUGCUCAAGUAAAGGUAAAAGUAGUUAUCCAAGAAAUGGACUCAAGUACAAGUAAAAAAGUAUUUUGUGAAAAGAAUACUCAAUGAGUAACAUUGUGUGUAACUGCUUAAGAUGUUAGAUUUUUUUUUUUUAAACAAUGUUUUUUUUGUUUUUUUUUUUAACCAGCACAAAGUUAUAUGAAUUGUAAAUAUGAUACAGUAUAUUAACCUAUUACAUACCCGUAUUAAGCCAAAUAAAUGCAAAAAAAAAUAACAAUAAAUGAAUUCCGGCAAGAGAAAAAAAAUGCAGAACUGAAGUAUCCAAAGUCCAAAGAGCAUGAGUGCCCUCUAAUGGAGAAAAUAGUUCCUAGUUUAAAUAGUUGAAUAGUGAAUAGUUCCUUCUUCCUUCCUAUUAUGAAAUUAAAAGGAUCAUAUCUAUGGUUUUCUGUCGUCAAUUGGUGCCGAAUAAAAACUGAAAGGGUGUAAAAUCACCGCUUUCGAGUCAAGUUGACGGUUAUGUCAAAUACUUGGUUUUUUUUUUUUUUACGGUGCUUUAAAGAUGCUAUAUGCUUGAACAUAGAACGGCAAGCUUGACUCUGAUUUGUAUAAUGGAGUCAUGUGAUCAUUGUUGCAACGUCUCAUUGGUGAUACUGGUUGAGCUACUGUUAGCAUCUUUGGCAAAAAAAAAAGAAGUAAAAUCUAAUCUGCAGAAUAAAGAGGAACAAUCUAACGACUAGUGUAACCCAAAGUAGCGGAGCAAGAGUAGCGUUUCUUCUUCACAAAUCUACACAAAAGUAAAAAAAAUAUGGCUUAGUAAAACUACUCUUAGAAGUACAUUUUUCUCUAAAAGUUACUCAAGUAAAUGUAAUGGAGUAAAUGUAACGAGUUACUACCCACCUUUCGAACUGUGCAAUCCAAGGCACCUAUAGACAAACAAGCGUUAGAUUAGCUCACAUUCACUGGAUUGUGCUGCCUUCAUGUGAUUUGGUAAUAAUGGUAAAUACCACUUGUCGAGUGGAAAAUUGCAUGUGAACGCCCCCUCUAGUUCCAUUUUCUAUUGGAAAACUGGGAUUUUAUUUCAUGAUAUCAUGAUAACCAAGAUUCCGGGACGACCGUUUACUUUUCAAAAUGGCGGAGUGCAAACAAGAAGUUGUGAAUGGUAAGAAACUAUGUUUUUUAAGAAGAUGAAUUUUUUAGAAGAUUUUUUAUUGUUUUUCUUAUUUUACGUCAGCACCAAAAUAUAGAGUACACAUUCUUAAACUUACUGUUUGCAUUUAAUGCAAUCUUCUACUUGUAGUAGAUAAAUUAAUAGCUCUUAAACCGUUUUGCCCACGCAACCAACCAAAAUGAAAUCCGUGCUAUGUUUCUUUUUUUGCCAUGACAACAAAAGCACAUGAACAGGACGUACUCGUAACUACCAAUUACCAAGUGGUGAGGAUCAUCUUUCCCAGAGCAGGUGAAGGCAGCAUUAGUCUUCAUUAGCCUUAGGUCUUUCCUACACAGAAUAGGACCGUGGAGAUUCACGCCUUGAUUUCCUCAUAGAACUAAAGAUUGUAUACUGAAAUCCAACAUAGCAAAUUUAUCAACAAUUGUUAUGUUUCACAUUAUAAUGUAUUUGUCAAUAUUUUAGUUCCAUUAUCAUGUAGCAAUGUUUGAAAUAUUAAAUUAAAAAAAAAAAAAAAAAAAAAAAAACGAUAAAAAAUGAUAAGAGUUCAUUGAGAUACUGCAUGAGAAGAAUAAUUUUUGCCCUUUGAAAUAUACAAAUAAUCCAUAUCGGUCCCAAAAACAGUUUUAUUUUUUUAAAAACUUUUUUUUUUUUUUUUAACAAGAAAAAUUGCACAGUACAGUUUUUUACUUUAUAACGAUGCAAACUAUUAACAUUUGCUUUCCACAUAACCUGAAGAUUACAAAAUAUUUCUAAUGUAUUUCUUCUCAUCAGGUAUUACAUCUUUAACACAAGGUGGUGGCUGGAUGGUGUGUGCUUGUAUUACAAUUUUUUACCCUCAUAUCUCAAGACAAGAAUUGGUCCAGGCAAUAGCUUGUAUCUCAAAAAAACUAAAGUAACUCAUUUUAGUGUGUCAAGGCACCAAAAAUGUAAAAAUUCAAGGAGUCCUUGAGUUACGUUCCCAUAACCCGUAUUUCCACAGAAGUUGGAUUUCACUGUUAAAGUCGAAAUUGUAGUCAAAAUAUUUGUGUUAAAAAAAAAAAAAAUACUGUAACGAAGCGGGUUGCAUAUAUAGUAUUCUUCUAUUUAAUGCUGCACCUAAACGCACUAAGGCCAUGUCUACUACACCUAGCAGAUUUUUUUUUUAAUUACGUAAGAUAAAUACGUCUACACCUGCACGUUUGUAAAAAAAAAAAAAAAAAAAAAAAAAAAAGAAAAAACUUCCACAACCAACUGCAUUCAUUCAUUUUAAGCACAUUCAUAACAAUAAUAGUUAUUGUCCAUAAUAACCACUUUCUUCGUAUUGGUUCUUCAAUAUGAAGCAAAGCAAGAGUUUGUAAAAACAAUAAAUAAAUAAAAGGAAAAAAAAACACAUAAUUUACUCCAAAUGUAAACAUUGGUCUCAUGUGUGAUUUAGUGACAAAGUUUGUCGCAGCCAGUGACGUUUCCACAGUUAAAUCUAGAAAUAAGAUGCUGUACUUAGCAUUACUGCAGAGAGGUGAAUGGAGAAGAAUGAGAAUGGUAUGAGAGCUAUUGUUUAUUGCUAAACUUUUGGUCUGAAUGAAGCAUAUCAUAGCUUUCUUCUUUGGGGCCAUAAUGUGAAAAAACAAGGGCAAAAAAGGCAAAGAAACUACCGGCGCACAAACACAGACAAGCACUAAGCACAUCUAAGCAGAAAGACCAGUGCUGGGGCCUAAAUUGCAGAUGAGGUAUGGGUAGAGGUUGGUAGAAUAGCCAAAAAUUUUACUAAAGUAAGAGUAGCGUUACUUCCAAAUAAUAUUACUCAAGUAAGAGUCAAAGUACCCAUCCAAAAAAAUGUACACAAGUACAAGUAAAAAAGUAUCCAGUGAAAAGAAUACUCUAGUAAUGAGUAACAUUUUGAGUAACUGCUUUUGUUUGGCUUUUUUUUAACAUUUUUUUUUCUCUCUGCACAAACCUAUCUAUAUGAAAUGUUGUUAUAAUGAUAUUGUACAAUAACCUAUUACAUAACCACAUUAAGCCAAAGAAGUAACACAAAAAAAAAAAAUCAUUAAAGAGAGAAAAAGAAACAGUAACAAAGCAUUAUUUGUGAAGGCACUGCCCUCUAGUGGAGAAAAUAGUUCCUAGUCUGAAUAGUGAAUACUGUAGUUCCUUCAUAGUUACUAUUAUGAAAUUAAAAGGAUCGUAUCUCCGGUUUUCGUGGUCAAUCAGUGCCAAAUAAAAUAUGGGAGAGAGUUUUAAAUCCACGCUUUCGAUUCAUGUUGAGGGCAUUGUUCUAUGUCAGAUACUUCAUUUGUUACGGUGCUUUAAAGCCGCGUGAUUGAACACUCUUUCGUGAUCAUAGAACUGCAAGCUUGCCUCUGAUUGGUGAAAUGGUGAAAUUAUUAAUUAUAAUUGGUGAAAAUUAGUAGCGCUAUGCUUGGCAAUAGCGAUAAUAGCAUUACUAGCAAAAAAAAAAAAUCUAAUAUGUAGAAGAAAGAGGAAAAAUUUAACGACUCUUGUUGUGUAGGCUAAAGUAGCGGUGUAAGAGUAGCGUUUUUUUCUUCUUCAUAGUAAAACUACUCUUAGAAGUACAUUUUUCUCAAAAAGUCACUCAAGUAAAUGUAUUGGAGUACUUGUAAUGCGUUACUACCCACCUCUGAAUACGGGCAUCAUACAGUUAAAAUGUCGUAGAUAGAGGACAUCGUAACCCAAGGAAUCCCUGUAUCGUAAAAUGUUCUAAUUCAACUGAGCUGCGACUCAAAAUUUGACAAGUGUAUUUGCCCUGUAGUACAACUGACAAACACACUGAGUGUAUUGUCCCAAAAAAUAUAAAAAUUAAAAGUCAUUGUGGUCUCUAGAAGUGAGAAAUAACUGAGACAUUUUUCAAGGGAAAGGUAAGUGAAGGGCAUUAAAACCAUUAAGCCAAACCAUGUUUGCCGAUAUAGUUAGUGUUAAUGUUUUAGUAUUUCUACUCACCCAUUGACCACCAUUUCAUUUCAAGCUUUUAAUUCUAUUAAUGUUGUGAACUGUUAUUUUUAUGGUGACUGCUUUUGUGAGAACACGCAACACUAACAACACGCAUAUACUGUGAGUACGUUUUGUGCUCAUUGAAGUGUUUUUAAUAUUAUUAAUGGACGUAUACUAUAUUCAAUAUAGUUUUAAAUUGUAAAAGCACAAGAAAACAUAUUUUGUGAUACUUUUUAAAGCGCAGUUUUCCAUCAAAAUGAUCUGCUUGUGCCUAAAGGCGAUUGUAUAUUCUAAAAAGAUGCCACAAUUUUAUAUAUGUAUAAGUAUUAUGUGUCGCCGUAGCUGUUCGGAAUCAAAUUGUUAAGGUAUUUUCAUAAGUUGUGAAAACCAAAGGAAAGUAUUGUCUAUCCCAUUCAAUGUAUUUGUAGUGUUCUUAUGUGCAACAGAGGUCUUGAUUUAAAGGUGAAAUGCCAAAAUAACGACAACAACAACCUACCUGCUGUUUGAAAAAAGAUGCCUUUAACUUUUGAACACACAAAUGCAAAGUCAGUGAGUAGAACAUGUUAAACAUGCAAAUGUACAAUAGUUUCUGGAAAUGAAAAUUAAAGUUUAUUAAUAGCUUUUGGGAAAUUAAACUUGGCUCUAUAUUGUGAAUAAA